AUCGUGACGGUUAUCAAUUCUCCACUCUGAUUCGCUCUUUUUUUUCUUUUCUUCUUUUGUUAGUCUCCAAUUUAAUUCUCAAAAACUGAUUAAAAACCCCAGAAAAUCAAAUUCCCUUCCCGUACACACACUCACACACUAGAAGACCUUACCACCCACAAUAUAUACAGCACCAGAGAAGGUGCAGAUCCCCAUUGAUUCUCCUCAUUUUCUUGGUCCCUUUUAUUUUCCAGUUUGUUUUUCCGUUUAUCACUCUUCCCUCAUCAUCUUCUUCUCCACCCAUAUCACACUUUCUUUUUCUUGUCCCCUCCUUUUUUCUUCCCUUUAAUACUAUCUGAAAUACACUAAGCUACUAGAAUAUCUCUUUGCCUUCAACCGAAUUAAGAAGAAACCAUGGCUCCCACGACUGGAGAAACGCCCCGAAACCUUGUCCGCCGUCCCAGCUUCAAGGGUGGAAUAAACGAGAAGCCGAUCGAUGAUAAUGGGAACGGCAAUUCAAGUGAUGAUACCACAAGCAAAACAACUUCUAAAACUCAACGCCUUGGAGCUAAUCUGCCGGAUCCGAAGCCGGUUCCCCCAACGCCUCACCAAGAGCAAACACUUCCGCCAGUGGAUCCGAAGACCGUUCCCCCAACGCAUCGCCAAGAGCAUACCCGUCCGCCAGUGGAUCCGAAGACGGUUCCCCCAACGCCUCACCAACAGCAUACAACUCCGACAGUGAAUCCGAGUACGGUUCUGCCAGGGCUUCACCAGCCGCUCACACCUUUGAAACUGAAUCCGAAUACAGUUCUUCCAACGCACUAUCAGCCGCAUACUCCUUCUGGUCAAUGGGCAACCCUGGAGACCUGCUUGAAGCUGCAGCGUUUCAGCGCAAAAGGCCUUGUGGCUGCAACAACAAUCUUGUGGACCGCCAAAGAUGCGGUGAAGGACCCCCUGUUCAGGAUUGGCCUUGCCCUCAUCCUCACAGGAGCAAUUGCUAUGGGGAUUGCCUCAAUUUACCUGGAUAAGACCAAUGUAUCAACCCGUGAGCACAAUUUUGCAUUCACGCUACUCCUUGUUCCAGUUGGAUUGCUGUUCCUCAUUGCUGGUGGAGCCUUCGGAUUCCACUUGCUGGACUCUCUGCCUUGGCAGGUUCAGCUAACUAUUUGCCUGGUUGUGACUGUGAUUUGCUGGAUUUUGGUGGCAAGGCCCUGGGUUUGGAGAAACUGAGCAGUUCGUGUAAUAAUGCUAUAGUUUCCAUUAUGCUUUGCUGGGUACUGAAUUCGUAGCUUCUGGGUUAAUUUUCUUUGAGAUUUUGGAUUCCGUAGCGUGUUUGUAAUAAUUAAUCCCGCACAAUGCUUUUGGGGUGUUGACUUCAAUAUCUUACGUUAUCUUCUCAAACGCACUACAUUGUGAGAAUAACUUGUUAAUCAGAAACCAGUUAAUUGCGCCAAAACACAUGGCAGCUAGAUUGCGGUUUCUUGAUACUGAUAUGAGUAAUUUUCAAUUUAAGUCAGGGCUUCAAAUGAGUUUAUCAUUUGAUCUGAAACAGAUUUCAAUGGGGAUGAAAUGAAAGGCGGCUAAUUAUUCAGUACCUGGACAUGAGAUUGAGCUCAACCUUUUUGGCUGUGGUGGAUUCAGUAACGAAGUAGAAUCUGCGAGCAUUGCUACAAUAUACUCCACUAGGGCCUUAUCCCAACCUUUCACUCUCAGUGGCUGCAAUUAUGAACAAAGUUUGUGAAAAAAAAAAUGCUCCAUCAUACCAAAUGUUUAUAUCGGUUAAUUUAUUGAAUUAAUCUAACACUCCCUUGUCCCAGGAAAUUGUCCAUUUUGCUGUGUUAGAUCUACAAAUGGACUUUUUUUUUUUUUUUU